CAUCUCAUGGACGCUUGCUGCCAUAUGCAUCUCUUUAGCUGUUAAAAAUGCUAACAACCUUCUCUUUAAUUUGCCGCCAUUCGCGUCGUUUCGGCGCAAAUGGCUUGGCAAUGCAUCGCAAAAGAAUGAAGAAUCCUAUCAAGAUGGUCAAGACCUUUCUUUCUCAAUGGAACUCUCUUCAGGCUACUGGGAAACGUCAGCCGCAAUUCCCUCUUCUGCAAUUUGUCCUUGCAUGCAAUUCUGCACAGAUCACCGAGAGCUGCUGUUUCUUCAGUUACAGCAAUAUGAAACAGGGAGAGAUCUAAGAUGGAGAUCUGAUAAGUGGAAGCUUUUUCAAGUUGUAUAUUUUUGGAUUUCUCUUGAAGCAAAAUAGAAGAUGAAGCAGGAUAAAUUUUUUGUUAAUCUCAUCCAGAGGAAGAGUGCUGGUUGGUUCAAUGUGGAAUCUGCUGAAGAUCUGCUUGGCAAUAUUCUUUCAAGGCUUCCAGUUAAGCUCCUUCUAACUAUCAAGGUCGUUUCUAAACUUUGGCAUAGAUUGAUUUGCAGUCCAAAUUUCACUAGACUUCAUUUAAGCAAAUCAAGAGAAAAGUCCAUCUAUAUACUUUAUCCUUUUCUGGAUGCUAAAAGAAGUCUGUAUUUCAUGGAUGCUGAGGGGGUGAUCACCGGAACAAUCAGUCUUACUGGUUUAAAAAAUAUACCAUCUCUAUGUAUGAUUGCUUCCUACAAUGGGUUGAUAUGCUUCACUAAUUAUCCUUGGUUUCCUCAUUCAUUUAAGACUCGAGCAGUAGUGACAGGCUUGGAAAUCCGAAUUUGCAAUCCUGCAACUCGUGAAGUUUGGCUACUUCCUAAUGGGAGCCAAAUGAAACAGGAGCUAGGAAUUGGGGUUGCCUUUGGCCCGGGAAUCAGUGAGUAUAGGGUACUUCGGUUUUUCUGUUCCAAAUCCAAAUCUGAUGUAAUUCACCCUGAGUGUGAGAUAUUUCAAUCAAGCACUGGAACCUGGAGAAGCUUAGGUUUUGUUCAGCAUUGUCCUAUGGGUGCACAUCAUGUAUUUGUUCAUGGAAAAGUUUUUUGGUUUAUUCCUUCAGAAGAAGAUCAUAAUAUCCCUGGAUCCAUUCUUUCAGUUGGUUUGGACGAAGAUUUUAGAAUUAUCAGACUUCCAGUUGCGGUCACUGAACAUGCCUUCUUGGUUGAUCUUGAAGGUCAAUUAUCACUGAUCGUUGUAUUUGAUGAUGAUGACACUAUGGUUAUAUGGAUUUUGAAGGAUGAAAAUGAGUCCAUUUGGGAGGAGAAAUGUCGUGAUGGUAUUCCCUAUGAAACUGUGGAGUGUCUUGACUCUGUAGCUGCAAGAAAAACUGACAUUUUUUUCAUCACUGAAGAACGCUAUUUCAUCUUCAGUAUGAAAAAAAUGUCCUGGAAAGAAACUCAUUUCAAAGAACUAUUUGAACAACAUUCUCCGGUUGUUUUUACGUACACAGAAAGCCUCCUCCCUUGUCACUGACUUGUGCAUU